AUGUGUUCCUUGAAAAUGGAUCUGCCUUCUCAUGUCUCACCAGCAAGCGUUAUAGAAACAAUUGCUUUCCAACUAGCGUGCAGUCCGGUAGAUAAGAAAGUCGCUCUGCGCUUAGAUGAAGAAGAUGAGCUAAAACACCUUCGCGAAUGUUUCCACAUUCCCAAAGUGACGGAUCUGCCUCCAACCAAUCCAACUUUAGUGAAGGAGAAUGAAAACUGCAUCUACUUUGCUGGACACUCUCUUGGUCUUCAGCCAAAGAAAAUUAAAACUUACUUGGAUGAAGAACUUGACAAGUGGGCUAAAGUAGGUGUCCAUGGUCAUUUCAAUGGUAAGCGUCCUUGGGCCUUAGGAGAUGAGUGCAUUGUUGAGCUUAUGGCUGAGAUUGUGGGGGCUCGUAAUGAAGAGGUAGCAUUAAUGAAUGGUUUGACAGUUAAUCUACAUCUCCUAAUGUUGACAUUUUUUAAGCCUACAUUUUAUCGCCAUAAAAUCCUUUUAGAAGCCAAAGCAUUUCCUUCUGAUCAUUAUGCUGUUGAGUCUCAGCUCCAGUUUCAUGGGCUUGAUAGGGAGAAGAGUAUGCUUAUGAUUCAACCACGAAAGGGGGAAGAAAUCUUGAGAACUGAAGAUAUCCUUGAUAUAAUUGAGAAGGAAGGAGACUCAAUUGCUGUAAUUCUUUUCAGUGGGGUGCAGUACUACACCGGACAGCUGUUUGACAUACCAAGGAUAACAAAAGCCGGUCAAGCCAAGGGCUGCUUUGUUGGAUUUGACCUGGCCCAUGCUGUUGGAAAUGUAGAAUUACAUUUACACGAGUGGGGAGUUGACUUCGCUUGCUGGUGUUCCUACAAGUACCUGAAUUCUGGAGCUGGGGGUCUAGCUGGUGCUUACAUUCAUGAGAAACAUUCCAAGUCUAUGAAACCGGCUUUAAUAGGAUGGUGGGGCCAUGACUACAAAACCAGGUUUCUAAUGGAAAACAAAUUGCAACUCAGCCCUGGAAUCAACGGAUUUCGUUUAUCAAAUCCUUCCAUCUUAUUGGUCUGUGCUCUUCACGCUAGCUUAGAGAUCUUUGCUCAAAGUACAGUGAAGUGCCUUAGAAGGAAAUCCAUACUUCUUACUGGCUACUUGGAGUAUUUGAUAAGGCACUAUUACGGCAAAGAUAGAAAUGACCCUGAGAAGCCGCUUAUAAAAAUAAUCACACCAUCCCACCAUGAAAAAAGAGGAUGCCAGCUCACCUUACUUUUCUCUGUUCCAAUCAGAGAUGUUUUUAAAGAGCUGGAAAAACGAGGCGUCGCUUGCGACAUGCGGGAACCUGACGCUCUCCGUGUUGCCCCAGUUCCUCUCUACAAUACUUUCCAGGAUGUGCACACCUUUGUGGAAAUCCUAGGAUCCGCAGUUGCAGCUGCCAAGCAGACUGCAAACUCGAAGUCGCUUUCCUGAUCUUAUUGACAACAUAACUGUAUCUUUGUCCUCUUCUCCUGGC